AUGGAUCUGGUAAAGGAGCGCGAUCAAAAAGACGAGGGUACUGAUAAGCUAUCGAUCUAUCGCCAUCAAGCAUCAGCUGUUAGCAGGAAGAAGGCAACUUUAGUGGAAAAACUACAGGAAGCUCGCGCUGAACUGCAAAAUCUUGAAAGUGCGAUCGAGGCAAAGAAAAAUGAGUUUCAGGAAAAAGCUGGCACUGACUUUGUCAUCACAUCUGUACAGUUCAAAAAUUAUGUCAACAAGUUGCGCAACAAAACUUAUAGUUAUAAGCGUAAACGAGCGGAAAUUGAUGAUUUGAAAAGUGAAGAAUCGAUUUUGGCACGAACCGUUGAUAUUCUAUCCAAUCAGUGGAAAACAAUGAAACAAAAAAUCGAAGAAAGUGGUGGCAAAAUUAUUGAAACCACUGGAACAAGUGAUCGACCGGAAAGAGUCAAAACAGCAAAACCGAAGACAGACGAUGUGCGAGAAUUGCGUGACAUGAUCAACGAGUUGAAUCAAAAAUUGGACUCGAAAAGGACCACAAUCAAUGAGCUGAAUCAGACAAACAAUGAGCUAAACGAACAGCUUGCUGUA